UUUUGGAAUCAAAAAUGUCCGUUUUCAACGAAGUAAAGAUUUUGACGGCCUCCACACCAAUUAAUAUUGGCAACACUAAUAAUAAUUUAUCUCCAGAUUUUUUAACUAGAAAUGCUUCUAAUAGUACUAUUAAACCAGCCAUAAUUGAUAAUAAUGUAGACAACAAUGGGGGUGAGGCGACGCCGACAACUCCGGUGGCUAACAACAGCAAUUCGUCUACGCCUAAUGCUAAUUCUAGAGUACAACAAAAGAAUCCAAAGCUUUACAAGACAGAACUGUGUCGCAGUUGGAUGGAGACUGGUAGAUGCAAUUAUGGGGAGAGGUGUCAAUAUGCCCACGGAGACAGAGAAAAACGGCCAGUUCCAAGACAUCCAAAGUACAAAACAGAGCCAUGCCAGUCUUAUCACAAAACGGGUUAUUGUCCAUAUGGGCCUCGCUGCCAUUUUAUUCACAAUGAAAAUCCAACUCAGUUGAAGGCGUUGAUCAAUGCAAAUGAGCAGGCUUUAAGAAUCGUUCAAGAUAUUGCUUCAGCAGGUCCAGAUUCAAAACAACGUACAAUAUUAACAACUUCUUGCAGUGCCGCUAGUUUGGGUGCGUAUGCUGCAAUGCAAUCUGCUACUAAUAAUAAUUCUACAGGAACACCUCCAAUCUUUUCAAGUGGAAAAAUGACAAAUACAAGUAGUGGUGUUUAUCCUGCACAGAGAAGCAAUUCUGCUAUUGUUGCUUAUUUAAAUGGUCAGCAACAUUUAAUUGGAAAAUCUCACAAUUUUGGAAGCAAUCCAGACAAUUUCAAUAUUUUCAAUAACACUAACAAUAAUUUAAUGCAUUUACUUCAAAAUUCACCACCUCAAGAAUUUGAUCAGCAACAACAAAAUAGUCAUCAAUUUUCUAGCAAUUUUUAUUUUGAUGAAUUCAAUACUGGAAUGAAAAAUUAUUCUGAAGGAAACAAUAAUUUAAAGUCAUUAUGGCACGAGACACCUCGAGACAAUGAAUUUCUUCAAAAUAAUUCAAAUUUAUCAGGAAUGAUGGCAGAUAAUCAAAAUUUUCGUCCAAAAACGUUGGAUAUAUUCUCGCCGCCCGCUGUUGGGGGAGGAUGGCAUAGCGAGCAAAUUUCACCUCUCCACUUUUCUUCUAUUCCAUACACUCAUGGAGUAGACUCAACACAAAUUUUGCAGCAAAAUCGCCGUCAACGUAAAAUAUUGCCAGUUCCAGUAAAUACCCAAAAACAACACUUUUUGGAUUUUACUGAUGAUAUUGAUGGUGUUGGGAAUAAUAAUAAUGAAGAGUUGGAUGCCCAACAAUUACUUGGAAAUUUGUGUUGUGCUAGUGAUGAUGAAUAUUCUCGUUCAUCAAUAAUUUUUUCAAACAUUGAUUCUGGCAAUGAAUCUCCUCCUGCUGCUUCCGAAGAUUCAGCAAAGCCAAAAGCUUCACAAGCCGUACCAAUCCAACAACAACAAAACAAUCUUUCAAGUAACAGCCAACAAUCAUCAGCAUUAUCAAGUUUAGACGAAACUCAACAACGAAGAAGCAGUGAUGGGGAUAAAACAAUAACUACAACAACCCCGAAUUCACUCAAAAAAGGAGCUACAUCAAAAACAGUUGAAGGCGUCACUUCAACCGACAUCAACACCUGCAACAAAUCUACAGCUUCGUCUUCCUUGGCCUCUCUACUUUCCUCGUCUUUCUCCAAUUCUGCUACUCAUAUUCAAAAAACAGGAGAUUCUAUUUUGAUUAAUUCUAAAGAUACCUCAAGUCCCUCACUCCUCCCACCCACUCCAACUACCGCAACGAAGGCAGAAAGUUCAACAGAAAAGAAGGACACUUCCCCCGCUUCUGUGCGUCUUCCAGUUUUUGAGCGUCUCUCAUUGAAUCAAUAA